AUGGCUGCGCAAACUCGUUUCGAGACGAAGAAACGUCAGAUUCUGGGACAGCUUGGUGUACCCGAAGGCGAGUAUCAUGAUCUCUCCCCCAAAGGGUCGGUGGAUGAGCCAAUACGACCUUUGAUAUCUGAUAUCAAUCGCUUGGAUGGCCUGGUAACUACUAGCAGCUGCUCAGGACGAGUCAGUGUUUUUCUUGAAGGAAAGAAAAAGGGCACCACGUCAACAGAAUCAACAGAAGACCUCAAGGAUCUCAGUGCACCAAGUGCUAACGCUGGACCCGGAGGCAAAGGCGGAGGUUCAUGGCUUUUCAUAUCCCAUGAACCCGUCGACAUGUCAAAAUUUGACCAAGAUUCCAAUCUCAUGUCUUUGCUCAAUCUAUCUGUACCUAGUUCUCCCAUGCAGAAGCCCAGCUCCAACUGCAGUUACAUUCAUGUUAAGUUCGAGCCCAUGAUCUUGCACAUCUUGACAGCAUCAAUUGACCACGCUCAACGAGUCACAUCGGCAUCGCUAAGUGCAGGCUUUCGGGAAAGCGGUGCAGUGAGCUUGAACCCCACGAAGCUGGGAGAGUCGAACCCUAUGGUUGCCGUUCGCUCGGCUGGAUAUUCAUUCGAUACAAUUGUUGGGUAUCAGAAUGAACAUGACGAGAACGUUGCCAUGGUGGACGAGGCAUAUCUCCGCGCCAUGUUCAACAUCGCAAAUGAGCGAUUCAAGACGAACAUGGACAGGAUAGCACGGUUUCGCAAGGCUCUCCUGGAGCAAUACGAACCAGAAGCAGAUUCGUGUGGUUUGCGUUCUAAAACCAAAUCAUCUAAGCUGAGUUGGGAGGAUCCGGAACUUCGGAGACAAAGAAAACGGGAAGAAGGACUUGCUAGGCAACGUGCUCUGAUAGCAGAGACCGAAUCUUCUCAAAUCAUCGAAACGCCAUAG